GGCGCGGCCCGGGCGCCUCGCGCGGGGUCCUUGCAGCGACGUCUAGGAGCCGCGGUGCAGCUUGGGUCUUUCUCUUUGCGGCUGGGGCAGCAGCAGCGCGAUGGGUAAGUGCCGUGGGCUUCGUACUGCCAGGAAACUUCGCAGCCACCGACGAGAUCAGAAAUGGCACGACAAGCAAUACAAGAAAGCCCACUUGGGUACUGCCCUGAAAGCCAACCCCUUUGGAGGAGCUUCCCAUGCGAAGGGAAUUGUCCUGGAAAAAGUUGGUGUAGAGGCUAAGCAGCCUAAUUCAGCCAUCAGGAAAUGUGUCAGAGUCCAGCUGAUCAAGAACGGCAAGAAAAUAACAGCCUUUGUUCCUAAUGAUGGUUGCUUGAAUUUCAUUGAGGAAAACGAUGAAGUUCUGGUUGCUGGCUUUGGUCGGAAAGGUCACGCUGUUGGUGACAUUCCUGGAGUUCGCUUCAAGGUUGUCAAAGUAGCCAAUGUUUCCCUCUUAGCCUUGUACAAAGGCAAGAAGGAGAGACCAAGAUCAUAAACUUUUGUUACUCUGUUAAGGAUGUCAAUAAAAAUGUUCAUCCAAAGAA